CCGUUUUCGGCAGAGUGACCGUCGCCGUUUCCUGUACGUCCACGACUGUCUUGCAGGUGCUCGAGUCGUCCACGUGCAUUUCAUGGCCGACGUCUUUCGGAGGCUGCCACUGCUGGUGCUGGUCGUCCUCUUGCUUCUCCUCGUAGUGCUCUUCCACGUCUGUGUCGUCGGCAUCGUUCCACGACGUGGGCGCAGGCGACGGUGUGCAAAGAAGGACGUCAGUGUGGAUGGGCGGCAGGCGGUUUGCAGGUCUGCAGGGGGUGAGGGUGGUGGCCAACGGGCCGGGCAGAGCCCGUGUAGAGGUUCAAGGGCGGUGGAGCGGUCAGAGUAUGCGCACCUGCCACCGCACUUGCAGCCUUUGCUGGACACAUCGGACGAGGAGGAGGACGACAGACGUUCACGUGCCGCGGGAAGCGGGUCUACGCAGGAGUGGACGGCCACAAAGCUUUGUGGAAGCCGCGAGCCCUGUUACGGGCAGUCGUACACCCAGCUCCUCCAGCAGGGCCUGAGCGGCGACGAAGGAGAUGGAGGUGUGAAUCUGACGUUCGGUCUGUGGAGUGGGAGGUCGUUGUCUUCGACGCGGACAGUGCUAGUCAACAACCGUCCCGAUGACAAUGGCGGCCAGGUGACGGCUGUUGCACGACCGUCGAAGUCUCCAGCGUCAUCGGUCUGCGUGGCGUCGGGGAACAAUAGGGAUCAUUGUGUGCAGCAAUACAGGGCGCCGUCUGCUUCAAGGGGUGCCUCGGCUCGCCCGUCGUGGAUGUUGUCCCCGUCUCCCCUGUCCGCGAAAUCGAGUGCGGCUCGCAAUCGGGGGGAAUGCGGGGAGCAUGAUUGCGGGAUCGAGGAAAGACGUGACGCACGCGACAGGAGGGAGCGACUGCGAGUGGUGGACGACGAAAACGACGGCGACGCACCUGAUGUCGCCGGCACCUAUCAGGACUUGAACGACGACGACUGCGGGGGUGGGGAGGACGACGCAGGGCAAGUGUCGCCAUCCAAGCAAAGCAGCAUGGGGGGGAAGGGCGGUAGGGCGAAGGCGUCUGUUCGCAACGGUCGGCGGGGGAAGAAGCCAACGGGGAAGGGGAGCGACGUCGAAGCUGACGGCGAUGUAGAAGGCGGUCGUCAUUUUUGGUCUAUUGACGACAUGGUGGCCCUGAUACGGGCUAAACGUGACCAAGAUGCGCAUCUGCAGGGAAUGGGCACCGCGUAUGCUCGUAUGAAGCCGCGAGAAUGGAAGUGGUUAGAUGUGGAGCAAAGGCUAAGGAAGUUCAUAGGGAAGGAGCGGUUGUCGAAGGGCUUCAGUUUCAACAUGGAUCGUGCGGUUUACGACGAGAUCCUGGGGUCGACUGCCAAGAGCCACACCAUUAACCCCAAGAACGUCGCUAACACUCUUGCUCCGGGGGGUGUGCGUCCGCCGUCGGCGAAUUCUAGUGAUCCGGAGUCUGUCGGGGAUCGGGACGCUGCUGCAGGGCUGGACGACGACGAUGAAGGGUCGACGAGAGGUUCUUCUCAGAUGACGGUAGGCCCUGCUGGCUUCAUCAAGAGGAAGAGCACGAGGCAGCGAACUUUCGACGCUCUGUCGGAAUGCAUGGAGAAGCACGAGGCUCUGGUGGUGUCGACGAUGGAAAGCAACAGCAAACGACAGUGUUCAAUCCAAAUCCGGCAGUGCGAGGCAUUGGAAGCGGAGGAGGAGGUGCAAAAGAAACACUACGCUCCGUCCGACGAAGACGAUCGCGGGGCAUCGACGAUGGUUGCGGCGCGCGGUGCGGAAGUUCCAAAGGCAGGCGCGGCAACGGCGGGUGGUGCGUCCCAGGCUGGUGAAGGGGGGAGGUCAGGCGGGGCCGCAACUGUGGGGGCUUCGCACGCGGUGGAAGGAGCCAGGGCAGGGGGGGGGGAUGCUGGCGAAGGGAGCACGGCUGGCGCCGUCGCUGGAGUCGGGGAGGACAAUGAAGUGGUGGCGAACAGGCCUCCUGCGAUUCGACACAGCAUCGUCCUGCCACACACCACCAUCCCGCAACACAAAAUCGAGGACGAAUCGGAGUUCAGCGCUGCGCAAGACAGGGCGCUGAAGGUGCAGACCAUCGCUCUGCGGGUGAUCCACGGGUGGGUGUUCAAGUCCGCGAGCAGGCAACGGGGUUACCACGUUGCGUACGGGUAUGCGUUGAACCAUGCGGCGACUAACAUCGCGCGCGCGAUCUGGAUGGGGGAAGACUGGCGUGUGUGUGUGAGCCCCAUGGUUUUCCACACUACGCUCAAUAUGGACAUGAAACUGCCACUGUGGUUCGUCGGCGCUCACAUCGAAGACAGGCACGAGGACGACGAGCUGGCGGCGGAUGAGGAAGCGAGCGUCCAAAGACUGGUGGGUGCGUUCACGAGUGCCGUGAGCACGGCGGAGGGAGUCGACGGCGGUUGGGUGUCGCAUGAGAGGCUGAAGAGUGUAGCAGAGGCGAUGAGGGUAAUGCUUGCCGCAACGAUGUGGCUUAUGCGGAUGGGAGGUGACGAUCGUCGCGCCCAUUACGACGCGUGGGUAUUCGUCCAGCUAACGGCGAAAGCCGCAUUAAUCGCAUUCAUGCAUCGCUCGUUCGACGUGCGUCGCCACAUCGUGCAGGCCUCAACUACCAUCACGGACAAGCUGGCGAAACCCCCGAUCACCUUGCUGGCCCCUCCAAUGUACAUCCCGGACUGGGCGUCAAUCGGCAUGAAAUUCUCGCACGACGCCACUUUGUCUUCCCCAAUGGAGGCUCAAAAGCUCGAUUGGUUGGGCACAGGGCCACCGGAAGACGACGACGACGCCGCUGUCAACGACGAUAUGAGCGCGGGGGGUUCAUGAUGCCUUUGGGUGCGUUGGGACAGGUUUGAUGACGUGGGUGCAUGUGUGCACUUUCGUGUACAAUUAGA